AUGUUGAAAACACUUCCCUUGCUGCUGGCAGUGUGGCUGCUACAAUUGAUUGUAACUGAAGGUGCUCCUGCCUCCCAACCAGAUUGUGGGCAACCAAGAAUCUCUUCCCGAAUUGUUGGAGGGCAAGAUGCCCCUGAUGGAGAGUGGCCCUGGCAUGUCAGCAUUUGUCUGGAUCACCAUCCUAUUUGUGGCGGCUCCCUCAUUGAUGAACAGUGGGUGCUGACAGCAGCUAGCUGCUUCCACAGAUCCCAUUCCACUGAAAAAUAUGUUGUGGUGCUCGGUGCCAAUCAGCUCUUAAAUCUCUCCCAAAAUGUGGCAACAUCCAAUGUGGUAAAGUUGUUCAUUCCCCCUGACUACCUGGGCAAGGUUGGCUCUCCUGCGGAUAUUGCUUUACUUAAACUGGCAUCACCCGUGCCCUUCACCAGCCACAUCCUUCCUGUCUGCUUGCCAAAGUCGUCUGAACAGUUCUCCGUACCCCUGACAGCCCCAUUAACUCUACAGGAAGCAAAGGUGCCUAUCAUAGACCAAAAGACCUGCAACAGCCUCUUCAGUGCUUCCCCAGUUGAAGGCAUGGAGAAGGAUCCUGUCAUGCCUGAUAUGAUCUGUGCUGGUUAUCCUCAAGGCGGGAUAGAUGCCUGUAAGGGUGACGGUGGUGGACCCUUGGUUUGUAAAGUCGGGAGGAGAUGGACCCAAGCUGGGAUCGUGUCUUGGGGAGUUGGAUGUGCUGAAAGCUCCCGCCCCGGUGUCUAUACUUCAGUGCCCUUCUAUAGUUUUUGGAUCAAAGAUAAGAUCAGAACAGAAUGAAGGGCUGAUGGCAAAAUGUUCCCACGGGGCCACUCCUUUCAGUGCCCAUUGCCCUUGCUGUAAGAAACAUAAUCAACAAUAUCAAACCAUUUUCAGCCUACACACAAAAUAAUCCAAUUGCUAAGCUAAGACUAGAAGCAGAUCAAAUGUCCAUUUCCUGUGUCCCUACAACAUGCCUAGCCAGGUCAUUUUCCAACCUAGCAACUGUACUGGCACAACAUGAGAAGCUGAUACAGUUUUAACCUUGGAUGGCUGGUUGGAUACUUUGUAGCUAAGUGCAAACCCAGCCCAUUUACUGUAGAUGGUUGGAUGCACUGUGCAAACAGUGAAAUUAGGUUAAUUCAGCAACCAGGUUAACCAUGUAAUGUGAAAGCAGUCAUUCAGCAAAUUCCUUAAUUGAGGCUGGCAAUCUUCUGUCCUCUAACUUGGACAUUCUUGUACUCACUUUGACUUAAUUAGCAGAUAAACAGGACAUCAGUAUGAAAGGAUACAGAAUUAGCCAUUAGGGUUUUUUAGGUUGAUGAAAAGCUUCACUCACCCUUUUA